UCUUCAAUCCUAGUUAAUAUUCAUUUGAGGGGUUUUAGGGUUUAUCACCAGAUGUGGCAGACGGCGUUCUGGAAAGAUGACGUGGAAACGGGAGUUGGCCGGCCGUUGUAUCCGACAAUGUUGGAAAGUCCAGAACUCCGAUGGGGUUUUAUUCGAAAGAUUUACUCCAUCUUGACCAUCCAAUUGUUAAUCACCGUUGCUGUCGCUGCGAUUGUCGUUACCGUCCACCCAAUCGCCGUCUUCUUCUCCACUACCCCUGCUGGAUUAGCCCUCUAUAUCAUCCUCAUCAUCAUCCCCUUCAUUGUUUUAUGCCCGUUGCAUUAUUAUAGUGAAAGACAUCCAUGGAAUUACUUCCUUUUAGCCAUUUUCACUGUCAGUCUUGGGUUUUCAGUCGGAUUAACCUGUGCUUUCACCAGCGGAAAGGUAAUAUUGGAAUCGGUGAUAUUGACUACGGCUGUGGUGGUGAGUUUGACACUGUACACUUUCUGGGCUGCUAAAAAAGGGCAUGAUUUCAAUUUCUUGGGGCCUUUCUUGUUUGGCGCCAUUUUUGUACUCAUGAUCUUCGCCUUCAUUCAGUUGUUGUUUCCCUUGGGGAAGAUCUCGGUGAUGAUUUACGGGUGUUUGGCUUCGAUAAUAUUUUGUGGGUAUAUCAUAUACGACACAGACAAUCUGAUCAAACGAUUCUCGUACGAUGAAUACAUAUGGGCAUCUGUGUCCCUCUAUUUGGACGUUAUCAAUCUCUUCCUCUCUGUUUUGACCAUCUUCAGAGCUGUUGAUUCUUGAAAUAUUACUAAGGAUGCAUGUAUAGUAUUACUAAAGAUGCAUGUUGAU